AUGUCUCUAUUGCCAUUUUAUAUAUUCUCACUAUGUUUUAUUAAAUCAAUUGAAUUAAAUAAUAUUCAUAAUACUAAUAAUAAUAAUCUUUUUGAAAGUGAUUUUUGUCGAUAUGGUUAUAUUAUUUCACAUUGUUGUCAAACUACAGGUGAUACUCAAAUACUUAAAACAUUUAAACAACUUGAAAUUUAUACAAAAUCAUGUGUAAUUAAUUCAAUUAUUGGUCAUUCUUUACGAUUUCCAAAUAAUGGUACAUUAAUAGAAAAUAAUUGUACUAUGGCUCUUAAUCUUUAUUUACCUGGUCAUAUUGAUAUUAAUGGUUAUAUUUCUAGUACAAUUAAUAAUGGUACAAUUAUUGAUCCACAAAUUAUUGAUUUUAUUUUAAUGAGAUCAUUUA